GGGAAAACUACCAGCUGCCCCCUUAGCAGUGGCUCCAAUGGAUCCCGACACCAACAGAUGCAUAGUAUACCAUACCAGUACAUGAUGUGAUGACGUCACCACAAUGAUCGCCAUGUUCCUAACUCGUCGGAGAAUUUUUCUAAUUAUUACUCCUUUUUUCCCACUCUCCAAGUGCUUCUUUUAAAGUUCCAUUUUUAUUCGCAGAAUAAUAAUCACAUUCUCGUAUUAGUAUAUUACUCAUCACUCAUCACAUCGAUUCUUCUCUUCCCACCAUGGGGAAUGUGAAUGUCAAUAAUCAUAAUAAUAACGGUGCUACUCAUUCAGAAGAAGACGACGAAGACGAUGAAGCUUCUUCUUCGGGUACUCUUCCCACACCUCCUACCGAAUUGAUGGGUCAAUCUCCACCCACAAGCCCCAGAGCUACCCACUCUCCCUUCAUCUUCGCUCCUCAAGCUCCGGUGGUUCCACUACAGAGACCAGAUGAGAUGCAUAUUCCAAGUCAAUCCUGGUUGCAAUCUACCUCAGGGUAUGAAGACAUGUACAGUGAACUCGGAAUUCCAACAAUGAUUACCUGGAGUUAUGGUGGGAAAGAAGUAGCUGUGGAAGGGUCAUGGGAUAGUUGGAAAACAAGAAUACCAUUGCAGAGGUCAGGGAAAGACUUCACAAUAAUGAAGGUACUGCCUUCUGGUGUUUACCAAUAUAGAUUUAUUGUGGAUGGACGGUGGAGGUACACUCCGGACUCGCCAUGGACACAAGAUGAUGCAGGGAAUGCUUACAAUAUCUUAGACUUGCAGGAUUAUGUUCCUGAGGACAUUGAAAGCAUCUCUAGUUUUGAACCUCCUCAAUCACCAGACUCAAGUUAUAGCAGUUUACAGCUUAGUUCUGAUGAUUAUGCAAAGGAACCACCAUUGGUUCCCCCACACUUGCAAAUGACAUUGCUAAAUGUUCCAGUGACAAAUAUGGAAACGCAACCUCCUAUGUCAAGACCUCAACAUGGAGUGCUCAAUCAUCUUUACAUGCAGAAAAGAAAGAGCACUCCUUCAGUGGUUGCGCUUGGCACAACGCAUCGGUUUCUUGCCAAGUACGUCACUGUGGUGCUGUACAAGUCUCUGCCGAGGUAAAACAUGAAUGACAUGGAGUAUAGUCUUCAAUAGAAGCUUAAAGUAAAGUAUCAUACACCUAUAAGAGAGAAAUGCUUAGUCCUCGAUAAGGGCCAAUAUAAGAAUGUAGAUAUUGUAUCACAUAUUAUGCAGUUGCUUGAUGGUGAUUUGUCAGACUAUUUAAAUCGGCAUCCUUACAUAUAUGGUGAUGGUGAUGCGUUUCUCUAAGAAUUUUUGUUGCACAUUAAAAAAGAAGGAAAAUAAUUUAUUACAUGUUCUUUAAUU